CAACUAAACACAAAAUAUUAUGUUGUUUUCUUUAGUUGUGUGAAGAAUGUGCUAUGAAAUAUAUAUAUAUAUAUAAAACAAAUUGCGAUGUAAAGUGGAUUGGCCUGGACUAGUUACUUCGCAGCUUUAGCUGUUAACAGAACAUUGAAGAGCAGGAUAGUGGUCUUAAACGUAAACAAUACUACUAUAGUAUAUUAUUUAGUGCCCGAGUUUGAAAGUAUUUCUGUUAUACAAAAUAUAGUUGUUGGUUGUAAAGUGUUUUUAAGAGAUGCAGUAUAGGCUGCUGUAGCAUCCGGCAUAGUAUUAAAUUACCAAAGUGAACUAGCCUAUACCGUAGGCAAAGUGGGAUUUUACACGCUUAUACUAGGGAAGACAGCGAAACUAUUUAAAACAAGAACCAGAAGGGAUAUUUUUAUUCGUUUAUUCAGUACAAUAUAAGAUCUAAUAAUUAUAAAAAUCAAAUCAUUUUUUUUUGUUUGACAACUUGAGUGAUUAUUACAUCUACUGUACUGUUGACGAGAUUGCACUGUAAUUUUGAACAAUGAUUUCCUGACAUAGUUAUUUCGUGUUUUCCCCCCCACCAUUUCUGUUUUAGUACAGCGUUUAAAAACGUACUAUUCAUUAAGAUGACAGUAUUCUCACAAUUCCUAUAUUGUUGUUUUCCUUUUGGCCCUUUAAGUUGUAUAGGCAUGUUUUCAUUUCUAAUCAAAUGGAGCUACAACAUUUUAUAUUUACAGUACUUGAUUUUCUCUUCCCAUUCUGGACCUCACCUGAAUCCAUACUGUCCAAUGGGCAGGAUAGAGUGAAAGUGAAAUGCUUAUGGUGUGCUAUUAUUAAUGCAUCACUUGUAACUCACAUGGCAUCAUUUGGCUGGAAGAGGAAAGCUGGUGACAAGGUGUCAAAGGUGGCUGCUCAGCGAUUUGAAGCUGAAGCUACUGAAGAAGCUGAAGUUGAUGGCAAUGAGGUUGACUGGCUCCACGUCAUAAAGCGCCGCAAGGAAGUUCUCCUCGAAGACUGUGCUGCCAAGAGCAAACGGCUAAAGGACGAGGGAGCAAUUCUGGCAGGAAAUGGAAGACACUGGGAAGCAAUCGGAAGGUGGGAUGAUGCUAUCCAGUUAACCCCAGAGGAUGCUACUCUGUAUGAGAUGAAAUCACAGGUGCUGACAGUCCUGCAGGAAGUCUUCCCAGCAGUCCAGGCUGCGGAGAUGGCAGUGCGACUGAACCCCCGCUGGUGGGAGGCUUGGCAGACAUUGGGAAGGGCACAGCUUAACCUUGGAGAGGUUGCAUUGGCAGUAAAGAGUUUCCAGACAGCCAUCCACAUCUGCCCAGCAGAGUGCUCCCUGUGGGAGGAGGACCUGUCUUGGGUCCUGAAGCUCCGAGAGCAGCAGAGAGCUGCUGAAGAGGCAGCCAGGCUGGAGGAAGAAGCUGAAAAGCAGCUGCUUGCCGCUCCCGAGCUCAUCCCUGACUACGACUUUGAAAGUGACGAGGUUGUGGCAGCCUGCGUUGCCAUAGCAGAGAGGCAAAAGCAAGCUGAAAAAAACAAGAAAACUGCCGUCAUCAUGACUGCGUCCAGCUCUGUAGAGACUGUCAGUGAGAAUAAAGACAGCAAGACAACACCUGCUGACCAACAGUUUGUCAAAGCACGAUUGCUGGACCAUUAAUCACCAGGUCAUGGAGGACUUGCUAACCAGGACUACAAAAUAUUGUUGUCUCUUAAUUUAAGCAAAGAGUUCAGCCACAACAGGGACAUUCUAGCAUCAGAAAGCGCUCUCUGUUUGAUCUGUGUGAUGGUUAUCUAUUUAGGGUCAAAGAGACAGAUUUAGCUAAAGCAGUUUGCAAUUUUUUUUUGUAAAUACAACUUUUAAUGUUACAAAACUAGUAACUAUCAACGUAGACACACUUUUUAGUUCUUUGGAGUAGUUUGGUACUUGUACAUUUUUUUUCUUUUUCCAAAUAUUUCACAAAUUGCAUUUUGAUGUAAAGAUCUUGCUAUAAACCCAAGCCAAAAUGUUAUCCCAUCCUCCCCCCUCUAUGUGUUCCUGAAAACCUUCCAUUGAUAGAUUGUGUAUGUGUUUUGACAGAGGAAUGUGCCUGUCUCUUCCCACGGUUCUGGGCACCUAAUACUCAGCAGUCUGGAGCGCCUGUUUUUGGCAUUGGAAAAGCAGUUUAUCCUCAGCACUUUUGUCCUGUGAAAAACAUGACCACAAGGACCAACAGAACUUGGCAGUAGAGUGGAGUCGGGGGACUGAAUGGAGUUUCUGUUCCCAUUUAAGAUCUUAAUAUCUUAAUAUGCAAUGUGAUUCGAAAAAUAAACACAGUCCAGAUCACUGA